AUGCAUUUUCUCUCAUAUCUGUUUGUAAUUGUUGGUCUUUUUUGCCACCAGUAUGUGGCUGCGGCUAGGAAUGAACCAGCAUGUUCAAAGUUUGACUACGAGGAGAAGCUUUUGGAGAAAAUGAUACGAAUGGAAAUUAAAAUGGAACAAAUGGUUAAUCAAAUUAAGAAAACGAAGGAUGAUGUUUUUGCAAUAACGAACGACGUACUUAUACGUUACACAGACGAGAAGUCCUUCAUUCCAAAGAUUGCUUUUAAUGCUCGCCUGUCGUCCACAGUAAGUCUAGGCCGAAACGUGAAGGUCGUGUUUGAUACCGUAUUAAUGAACGAAGGUGAAGGUUACGACAAAACGUCUGGAAUUUUCUCAGUAUCACAUGAUGGACUGUAUUUCUUCUCUGCACAUUUAUGUAACUAUGGUAACAAACCUGUACAUUACAAGAUAGUUAAGGACGAUGAGGCGAUAGCUAUCAGUACGCAAUAUGAUCUUGACAACGUACACACAUGUAAUUCUGUGAGCGCUGUUGCUAUGUUGAAGACAGGUGAACGGGUGUGGGUACAAACAACUUUUUCUUCACAUAUAUACACGGAUGGUCACAGAUGGGAUUCUUUUCUUGGGGUACUUUUAAAUAGAUACACUGUUGCGCUGUUGAAGAAAGGUGAACAAGUGUGGGUACAAACAACUUCUGCUUCACACAUAUACACGGAUACUAACUACAGAUGGGAUUCUUUUCUUGGGGUACUUUUAAAUUGAUAAUGUGCUCAUUGUUUAUAUGGCAAUUACAGAGAUAUGUAUGUGUGUGUUUGUUACAUUAAUCAUUAGGAAGAUUGAUUUUGAAUACUUUC